UAUUUCCUAGGUUUUUAGAAGUUUUAAGCACACUCCACUUCUCCCCCAAAUCGACCAGUCCGUCCGAUUGCCAUGGAGCCCUACCCGUUCUCUUCGUCGGCGGCCAUGGCGCAACAGACCUGGGAGCUCGAGAACAACAUCACCACCAUGGAGACUCCGUCGUCCUCGGCGGACUCCGACGCCAUCUUCCACUACGAGGAGGCGGCCCAGGCCAAGUUCCAGCAGGAGAAGCCCUGGGCCACCGACCCCCACUACUUUAAGCGCGUCAAGAUCUCCGCCCUCGCUCUCCUCAAGAUGGUCGUCCAUGCCCGCUCCGGUGGCACCAUCGAGGUCAUGGGCCUCAUGCAGGGCAAGACCGACGGCGAUGCCAUCAUCGUUAUUGACGCCUUCGCCUUGCCCGUCGAAGGUACCGAGACUAGGGUCAAUGCUCAGGCCGAUGCUUACGAGUACAUGGUUGAUUAUUCCCAGACUAACAAGCAGGUGGGGAGGUUGGAGAAUGUGGUUGGUUGGUACCAUUCUCAUCCUGGUUAUGGAUGUUGGCUUUCUGGUAUUGAUGUCUCUACACAAAUGCUCAAUCAACAAUUUCAAGAGCCGUUUUUGGCAGUUGUUAUUGAUCCGACAAGGACUGUGUCAGCUGGAAAAGUAGAGAUUGGAGCAUUCAGAACAUACCCAGAAGGAUACAAGCCACCAGAUGAACCUGUUUCUGAGUAUCAGACCAUCCCACUAAACAAGAUUGAAGACUUUGGUGUACACUGUAAACAGUACUAUUCAUUGGAUAUCACAUAUUUCAAGUCAUCACUUGAUAGCCACCUCUUGGAUCUGCUAUGGAAUAAAUACUGGGUUAAUACUCUUUCCUCGUCACCUUUGCUUGGGAACAAAGACUACAUUGCAGGACAAAUUUCUGAUCUAGCUGAGAAGCUGGAGCAAGCUGAAAAUCAAUUGGCUCACUCUCGCUUUGGACCCUUAAUAGCACCCCCUCAAAAGAAGAAAGAGGAAGAAUCUCAACUUGCUAAGAUUACUCGAGAUAGUGCAAAGAUAACAGUUGAGCAGGUCCAUGGCCUAAUGUCACAGGUCAUCAAGGAUAUACUGUUCAACUCAGUUCGUCAGGUAAGCAGGUCUCAACCGGAAGUAUCUGACCCUGAACCCAUGGUUGAAAGCUGAUGGAGUUGUUAGGUUUGGGAAAUUUCGAAUAUUUUAACAAGUUUAUUGUCUAAUUGUAAGCGGAUUCUCACAUAAAUUUUGCAAUUAAACCGUUGCGUUGGUGUAAAUCCUUAUGUUCUUUGAGUUUAUAUAUUGGGAAUGAGGGUGGGUGGCUUCCUUUUUUGAUUAUGGCAAAGGGAGUCUACUAGAUGGUGUGGUUCCAUGUGAGCCUAGAAAUUUAGGAAUUGUCAUUUAAUCUUCUUCAUUUAAUGCUUAUGCAGAUUCAGGGAUGGUACGAUUUAGUUUACUCGUGUGUGGAAGAUUUUGUGUGUACUGCCACUGCCACUGCCACUGUUUGUUAUACUUGUACACAGACAGAGAGGCAUAUCACAUUCUCUUGAAUCUCUUCUGAGUAAAAGCUAACUUGGGAAUUUCUUUUA